GCCAAGUCCACAGGUGGAACCACUAGCUUUGUUACGUGUUGCAGACUUUGUAACAUUUUUGGAGUCUUUGGACAGGUGCAGAACAUCAGUAUGACAUCAACAGUGGGAGAAGAAACUGAUGAGAGCUACUACCCAUCUGAGGAUAGCUUCCUUGAAGGAGACACCACUACACCUGAAUGUCCAGUGGAACAGCGAAAAUUCAUUGUCUUUGAAGCCCCACUACUGGAAUUGUUCAAAGCAUGUCGCAGUUGCAGUGGGUCAUGCAAGGUUACCACAUCAGUUCGGGGCACACUUCUCACUGUUGUGUCCGAAUGUGCAAGCGGCCACAAAUUCUCUUGGAACAGUCAGCCAGAACUGAACAGGAUGGCUGCAGGAAACGUUCUGCUCUCCGGUGCAAUACUGUUCAACGGAGCCAGUCCCACCAAGGUUCUUCGACUGCUGAGCUCCAUCAACAUACAAAUGAUUUCAAAGGUUGCAUACGACACAUAUCAGAAAGGUUGCCUACUGCCUGCUGUAUCACAGGUUUGGAAUGCAGAACACAACCACCUGCUCCUUUCACUUCAAGACAAGCCUGUUGACCUCCUUGGAGAUGGCAGAUGUGAUUCUCCUGGUCACUGUGCCAAGUACAUGACAUACACUUUUAUGGAAGCCCAUUCAAAGAAAAUCGUCAGCUCCGUUCAAGUACAGGUUGGUGAGUCUCCAGAUGUUGCUUCCAGCACAAACAUGGAAAAGGUGGGAUUUGUGAGAUGCCUGGACGAACUGAAAUCAAAUCACAUCAUCGUGGCAUCCAUUACGACUGAUCGACAUCCUGCAGUGAGAAAGCACAUGCGUGAAAUGGAACCCAGCAUAGUGCAUGGAUUUGAUACCUGGCUUGAAGAAGAAAUUGGACACAGCAGCCAAAACUAG